UGAAAACUUUUUAUUGCAUUUUAAAAUUUAUUUGAAUUUAUUUGUUUCACGUCAUACAAUUUUGGUAAUAUGUCGACUCACUUGGCUAAUGUUUACGCAUUUCUAUUACGUGGAUAUGGUGAAUCAUAUACACUAAUAUAUUCCGAACCUCCAACAUAUUUAUGUAAAAUUGUUGGACAGGAUAGAUGUGGCGGCAAAGUUGUUUUCAUUUAUCAAGAGGAUCGUAGUAUAAGCGACAAAAUCUACACGUCACCAAGAAAAUUACUUAUUAAUAAAGAAGACGCUGUUAAAAUAGAUAUGGACCUAACUGGCAGCCCAUUGAAAGAUGAUUGUGUGGUGGAUGCCAUAGAAGAUAUUUCAUUAAAUAUAAAGAUAGAUCAAGGAAAUUCUUGGAAAGUUGAAGAGGAAUGCCAAAAAGGGAUUCCAAUUGGAAAAGCUCGUUCUUUAAUGUGUAAAGAAAAUUUUCAGUUUGUAGAUCCUGAUGCAACAGGUUCAAUAUGGAUUCUUUGUAAUGGAGCUGAUACGGAUAAAACUCUACUUUUGCAAUAUGAAUUUGUUUCCGGUUAUUUUAGCCGAGGCAUAAUCUGUUUUUCUGGAGUGAUACAAAUGAAUGAAGUUAAAAUAGAAUCUAUAAUGCAGCAACAUAUGUCGCUUAAUAUUGGAAUUUCUACUGGUCAAGUGGAAACCUACAUUGAGAACAUUUAUCAAAUAAAGUCCAACAUAUCUGUGAGGUGUUGUUGGUCCUCCACUGCAGCUUUACCUUCUCUAAAUGAUUUAACGUCAUGUGAAGUCACUUUGCGACAAGCUUUUCGACUAGAUGCUUGUAAUGAGUUAACAGAAGAUUUCAUGAAUCAAUUGCGGAUAUUGACUGUAAUUAAAAAUGAUAUAAUAGCGUACAAGAGUUUGGAUAAAUGUGAUGCUGAAGGAGGAAAUGAAGUUCUUGUUUACCGCUGUGGCUGCGGGAUAGAUUUAAGGGAACUGCGAGAAAGUAUUAGCAGAGCAUUUACUGAAAUUGCUGGUUUAGGAGAUAUGCACAAUGCAGAGAGUGGUAUCAAGUGCGAUAUAGAAUCUGUUGUGCAACGCAUAAAGUUCCGGCAACUUACAGACCUUACAGAUAAAUUGUGGGAAAUUUUGAGACGUUGCUCUUCAUAUAAAGAUCUGAAAAUGGCAUUUACGAUUCUAUUUAAGUGUGCAGCUCACUGCAAUAUUGUGAAUACACCAACAAAUAAGAAUCGACUGGCAGAAAUCAUUACCGAGGUUGCGAAUAAACGCUUGGCCAUACCAUGUCUCACGGGCACCGAACCGUUGGAAUUGCUAUUAGAAAUCGGAUUGGAAAAACUGUACAAAGACUAUGAACUCAUAUUUGAUGAAAGUAAAAUAUGUAGUUCAAACGAUUUGAAAAGCAAAAGUCUUUUUGAUUCGCAACAUAACAAUGAGAAAAUUUCAAUGCCAGAUGUGCGCAAGUCACUGCGCAAUGCUGUGCGUCCAGACCCGGUGGCGAUGCGCAAAACAUUAUUGCAUAAUAAAACAAAGAGAGAUAAUAAAUUCGAACAUGAAGAAACAAUAGGAUUUAAGAAUAGCAGUUUUGAUGAAAUAGAGGUGUCUGAGCGUCUGGCCAAGCUAUUACAAGUGCAUUGUGCUUUGGAACAUUUGCUUAUGAUAGAUAUCAAUCUGAAUUUGACCAACGUAUAUAGCGAGGUAUGUGAGCAACUUUUAAGCAAACCCCCACGUUUUCUAGAUAGCAUUGACGAAAAUUUAGUGGAUGAAAUAGAAAUAUCGCUAUCUGCACAUGAUGUGCGUGAACAUUUGGAAGGCAAAGAUCCGCAUGUGCGCCUUAUCUCUAUGCGCUCGGAAAACAAAUUUCGAGAAGUAAAAUCUACUUUCUACUACAGUAUAAAUAACAUUUGCCCUCCCGGUAUUUCAGAAUAUUUUCAAUCCGAUGAUAAGGAGGCAUCUAAAGAGAACACGUAUUAUAGCUGGCUAUACCGUCAAAUUAAAACAUUGCAUUAAGUAAAGUAAUUUAUUAUUUUAAUUAUUUUAUGAUAUUGAAGUAAACAUAGUUGAGUGCUUGAAUUCAAUAUUAUAUUUACUAAAAAUAAAUGGAAUCAUAAAAUAAUAA